AUGGAGUUUCUGACCAAGCAUCUGGACUGUCUGUCCAACUUCCAGUUGAACCUGCAGCCUGGCUGGCAGACCGUGGGCGCCUCGGCUCUUCUCGCCGCUGGCAGCUUGUUCGUCGUCUCUCGCGCACUCGUUUUCGUCAGGGUCCUCUUGAGCUUGUUUGUGCUCCCUGGCAAGCCUCUCCGCUCCUUCGGCCCUAAGGGCAGCUGGGCCGUGGUCACAGGUGCCUCCGAUGGACUCGGCAAGGAAUUCGCUCUUCAGCUCGCCCGCGCUGACUUCAACAUCCUCCUCGUUUCCCGUACCGCUUCCAAGCUUGAUACCCUUUCCAAUGAGAUCACAUCCAAGUUCCCCUCCGUGCAGACCAAGACCCUGGCGAUGGACUUCGCCCGCAACGACGACAGCGACUACGAGAAGCUGAAGGAGCUGGUGGACGGAUUGGACGUGUCCGUUCUGGUCAACAAUGUUGGAAAGAGUCACAGCAUCCCUACUCCCUUCGCUCUGACCCCCGAGGAUGAGAUGACUGAUAUCGUGACCAUCAACUGCCUGGGUACCUUGCGGGCAACCCAGCUGGUUGUUCCGGGUAUGAUGCAGCGCAAGCGCGGAUUGGUCCUGACUAUGGGCUCGUUCGGUGGACUUCUCCCUACCCCUCUUCUGGCUACCUACUCCGGCAGCAAGGCUUUCCUGCAGCAAUGGUCCACUUCCCUUGGUUCGGAGCUCGAGCCCUACGGAAUUACUGUCGAGUUGGUCCAGGCCUACCUUAUUACCUCUGCUAUGUCCAAGAUCCGCCGGACUAGUGCUACGAUCCCCGACCCCCGCUCAUUCGUGAAGUCGGUCCUGACUAAGAUUGGCCGCAAUGGCGGAUCUCCCACGUACGCGUACAGCUCUUCCCCCUACUGGAGCCACGGAUUGAUGGCCUGGUUCUUGACCUGCGUCACCGGUACCAUGGGCAAGAUUGUCGUUGGCCAGAACAAAAGCAUGCACGAGUCUAUUCGGAAGCGUGCUCUGCGCAAGGCCGAGCGCGAGAAGGGCAAGAAGAGCACCUAA